GCCAGCCGCCCUCCCCUGUGCUGUGCUGUGCUGUGCUGUGGAUCGCUACGCCACUGUCACCACUCGCUAGUCACCACAUCCAUCCGCCUACAGCGCAGCGCUGCACUGCAGCAUCUCCUAUAGGCUGUAGCACCUUGUUCUCCGAUCCUACCGGUCUUCUUCCCUGCAAAGCCUGCGGCAAGACGCGCUCCGCUCCAAAACUCAAACGCCUUUACCUGUCUUACUGUCUAGCUCCUCCUGCUUCGAAAUCGCUUCGCCUUGAUCCAGAAGGAAAGCGGCUACUAGCUAGUUCAGCUGAGGUCUGCCCUGCGCACGCAAUCCUGGUAGCAAGCUAGACGCCGCCAGUUAUUGCACCGGGGAUAUCGCUGCGCGGUGAGCGGCGGAUAGCUGCGCUGCUACUCCGUGCGUGUGGGGGAGGAGUAAUUGUGGAGGAGGCAGGCACGCAAAAGAACGCCCUCGCUUCCCUCGCGCCUUCACGUGAUCCAUACUUGCGGCCUCCUACCCGUAGCUAGCUCCUUCCCCUCUUGCGACUAUAUCAAGCACCAAUCACACACACACCCAGCUCCUCUCCUAGCGUCUACCAGCUCCUGCUCUCGCGGCGGCUGCCGCCAAGAAAGCGAGGGUGACCGGCCGCCGGAGAGAGAUGGUUGAGGCGGCGGCGGCGGCCGUGGUGGUGCGAGAGUACGACGGCGAGAGCGAGCGCGACCGCGGCGGCGUGGAGGAGGUGGAGCGCGCGUGCGAGGUUGGGUCCAGCGGCGCCGGCAAGAUGUGCCUCUUCACGGACCUCCUCGGCGACCCGCUCUGCCGCAUUCGCAACUCGCCGGCCUACCUCAUGCUGGUCGCGGAGACAGCAACCGGCGGUGGGGAAGCUAACGGCACGGAGAUCGCCGGACUAGUCCGCGGCUGCGUCAAGUCCGUCGUCUCCAGUUCCACCCAGACCAGGGAUCCCAUCUACACCAAGGUCGGCUACAUCCUCGGCCUCCGUGUCUCGCCGAGCCACCGGAGGAAGGGGGUGGGGAAGAAGCUGGUGGAUCGGAUGGAGGAAUGGUUCCGGCAAAUGCGGGCCGAGUACUCGUACAUGGCGACGGAGCAAGACAACGAGGCGUCGGUGCGGCUCUUCACCAGCCGCUGCGGCUACGCCAAGUUCCGCACGCCGUCCGUGCUCGUGCACCCGGUGUUCGGCCACGCGCUCGAGCCCUCGCGGAGCUCGGCCAUCGUGCCCCUUGAGCCGCGCGAGGCCGAGCUGCUCUAUCGUUGGCACUUCGCCGCCGUCGAGUUCUUCCCCGCCGACAUCGACGCCGUGCUGUUCAAUGCCCUGUCCCUCGGCACGUUCCUGGCCGUGCCGGCGGGGGCGCGGUGGGAGGGGGUGGAGGCGUUCCUGGCGGCGCCGCCGGCGUCGUGGGCCGUGCUGAGCGUGUGGAACUGCAUGAACGCCUUCCGCCUCGAGGUGCGCGGCGCGCCGCGCCUGAUGCGCGCCGCGGCGGGCGCGACACGGCUGGUGGACCGCGCGGCGCCGUGGCUCAAGAUCCCCUCCAUCCCCAACCUGUUCGCGCCGUUCGGGCUCUACUUCCUGUACGGCCUCGGCGGCGCCGGCCCGGACGCCCCGCGGCUCGCGCGCGCGCUGUGCCGCCACGCGCACAACAUGGCACGCAGCGGCGGCUGUGGCGUCGUGGCCACCGAGGUCGGCGCCUGCGAGCCCGUCCGCGCUGGGGUGCCGCACUGGGCGCGCCUCGGCGCCGAGGACCUCUGGUGCAUCAAGCGGCUCGCCGACGGCUACAGCGACGGGCCGCUCGGCGAUUGGACCAAGGCGCCGGCCGGGCACUCCAUAUUCAUUGACCCGAGGGAGUUUUAGGUUGAUAAAUACACUUAGGCUUUUAGGUUUUUUUUCCACGGCCGUUCGAUCGCGCAUCCGAUGGCUCCUAGAGUAGCUUCCCAACUCAACCUUUUGAGUUUCAAACACGCGGUACAUUUACUUGUACUUUCCACUAGUACUUAGUUAAAUUUCGUAUGUUUAGAUGUGAAUACAGUACAGCAGCUCUUCCUUCUACUUGGAUGGAAACGGGAGCUGCUGCCUAGUUGUAACCGGUUCGUACUGGACCAGAGUUGAGACCAGCCUUUUAGUACCUUCUCCUUUUAUGUCCUUUUCAGAGAACUAGAAAGGUUUGUUAGAUUUGCUUCUUUUGUUUGGAGGAUAUAUGCGUCCCCUCUCCCACAAUAGAUGCUGCCUGAGAUCUUUGGGAUUCUUUGCGGGGCUUUGAUCCGGUUUCGAUCGAAUCUGUGGUUGUUUGGAUUUUGCUUACUGUGACCCGGUGGCUGCUCCGGUCCCAUCCGAGAUCGAUCAAAGUUGAGCUCAAGAUCGUGGAGAUAAUGAUUUGAUCAGGACGUGAGAAUAUAAUCCUGAGAUUGUACGUUUGUCUUGUAUUUUAGUUUGAUUUUUUGUAAGGCAAUUUGAGAAAUUUAAAUAUUGGCUGUUGACUCAAA